GGUUGUGUGUUUUAGUGUUCAGAAUUGUAGAAAUCUUGCGCAUGGAUGGUUGGUGGUGUGGACUUCAGUCAACACUAAGCAAGUUAGACUAGUCCAAUGUUUUUAGUCGAGGCAAUGAGCUAUGCAUGUUAAACUUCGAUCCCAGUCUGGAACAAAAUUACAAAAUUAAUAUUUAUUUAUUUUGAGUCUUACAUUUGACGUGUCACACCGAAGAGGUUGAGUGUAAGGAGCAGCAAUGCUGAGAGAAAAGGAUGAGAAGUUUGCAAAUCAAAAUACACAAGGUGAAAUAAUAGUUGAAAUAAUUCCAAGCCGGACCAAGAAAAGAAAUAACAAUAUUCUUGGAUUUCAUGCGAAGUCAGAAACAGCAAAACAAAUGGAGCAGCUAAGCGAACUAGGGACUGAUUCCUUGGUUAAAGCUAGAGAAAGUUCUUUGUUCUUUUGCGCAAGUAAGUCAUAUAGGCCGAAUAUAUUAGUGUCAGCGAGUUGCCAUUGCUUGUCAAUGGUAAUGUUUCACUAAGAAAAUUUACAAAAUGGAUGCUGUAGUCAAAUUAUCAACCAGAGCUUCAUGCCAUUGGCCGGGAAUAAACUCCAACAUCACAAAGAGGCUAGCCAUCAGGCUCCCGCCCAGCAGAACAAAAUGCAACUUGCACUUACACAAGAUGGAGAUACAACGACACAGCAUCAAGAAGAAUGUCCUAAACAAAUCUUGGGAUAGAAAUAGAGUUUUAGCCAUGGCAUCAAAAAGGGACCCCAAAUCUCAGCAAAAUUCUCUCUCUCCAGCAGAUACAGUAGAGCAGUACUACACUAGCAUUAAUGAUAAAGACCUGCGACAAUUGGAUGAGUGCAUAUCCGAAGAUGCUUGCUUUGAUGACUAUGCCUUCACCAAACCAUUCCAGGGAAAAAAGGAAGUAAUACGCUUCUUAGAACAGCUUACUCAUUGCAUGGGCCGGAAUGUGACAUUCAGACUGAAACAUAUAUACGAGGGAGAUGAUUUAACUGCCGUAGCGAGCUGGCACUUGGAAUGGAACGAGAAACAAAUCCCAUUCACCAGAGGUUGCACCUUCUUCAAGUUAUCAAAAUUAGGAAAGAACCUGGUCAUCUGGAACGCUGAGGUAUUAAUUGAAUCACCUAUCAAACCAGGAAGCAUAGUUUUGACCCUAUUGAAAAACGUGACUUCAAUAUUUGAUGACUUUCCGAAAGUAACCGAGUGGUUCUUAAGAAGUCCUAAUGUAAUACUAACAUGGAUAUUGAGAGUUUACAAUAUAUUUGUCGCGCCUUGGCUACAUCCACUCCUAGAAGGCUACAUAAAGCUAUGGGGCUUCUUUGUUCGAUUGCUCAACUCUGUAAUCACUGUUGUGAUUUUUAUUUCCAAAACUUUCUUCAAGUAACGAUCACACUAUUUCAUCACAUCAUCACUUGCCAUCUUCAUCAGUGCCACGGUUCCACCAUGUCUCUAACAACGAGAGAGCAACCAACGGUCCUAAAAAAGGUGGAAGUGGUGGAGGCCUGCUAAAGGCCACUAUUGGGUCAAUCGUCUCUUUAGUUGCUAGCCCCCUUUUGUCAGCUUCCUUCUCUAGUUUCUUAGGUGUUAAAGUCGCCAAUAAACCUGUGUCAAGUAUUUAUUUGAUUAAGAAAUUCUCUUUAUAUUUGCAAGUCUCCCUCACUCUAACAAGUAACAAUUGCAUUAAAUCAAAGGCAUUACAAAAUACCCUGUGAAUGUGAUCGAUUCAUCGAGUAGAUUUGCCAGGACCUGCAUUUUGCAGGCAGCAAUGCAAGCGCAACAGGUCCACGCAUGUAUUCUAUAGCUACCAUGCGCCC